AGAACAUUCCAAGCAACGGUGCUGUUAUCAUGCCGCCACGCUUGAAGCGGACAGCAGGAGGAGGGCGUUCUUCUUCAGCCUCCAGCAGGGUGAAGAAGCCUCGCAGGGAUGCAGGUGCAUCAACGGAAGCGCUAGAAGCCGCAACGGAAGGCAAGGAGCUGAAGACGGGGGAGGAGCUGGAAGCCGAGGAUGAGGACACGGAGGACGAAUCCAACGGUCUGGUGGAUGAUGGCUCCUCCGACGACUCCGAGGAUGACGCACCCAGGAAUCGGAUUGGCAACGUGCCUUUGGAGUGGUACAAAGAUGAAGACCACGUGGGCUACGACAUCGCGGGUGAGAAGGUUAUGAGGACUCUCAAAACCAGCGAGAUCGAUGCCCUUCUGGAAAGCAAGGACAACCCGGAUGCCUGGCGGACCAUCAAGGAUCACAAGAACCAGCGUGAGGUGGUUUUGACGGAUACCGACCUGGAGAUAAUCCGGCGAAUCCGCCAGAGGAUGUAUCCCAGCCUGGCAACAGACACCACCGAAAUGGUGGAGUUUGACAAUCCGGAGGCGAGGAUCCACCCGGAGAAGAAGGCGCACCCGCCCAAGGCGCGGUUCCUGCCUUCCAAGUGGGAGGCCAUGAAGGUCAAGCGUCUCGUGGCGCUGCUGAGGGAAGGCAAGAUCAGGCCGCCAAAGCCGCCCCCGCCGGAGGUUUGGGAUCUUUGGGCGGACGAAGUGGCGAGGAAGAAGGGCCCGCCGCCCCUGCCUGCGCCGAAGCUGGCGCUGCCUGGGCACGCGGAGUCCUACAACCCCCCCUCGGAGUACCUCUUCAACGAGGAUGAGAAGAAGGAGUGGGAAGACACCUUCGAGGAGGAGCGCACCCUGACCCACGUCCCCCAGAAGUUUGACGCGCUGCGGCGCGUGCCGGCAUUCAAAGACUUCAUUGUGGAGCGCUUUAAGAGGUGCUUGGAUCUCUACUUGGUACCAAGAGCACUCAAGCAGAGGAUGAACGUGGAUCCUGAGAGCUUGCUGCCGAAGCUGCCCAGUCCGAAGGACCUCAGGCCCUUCCCCACCCACAUCGCGGUGGCCUACGAGGGCCACUCCGGCAUGGUGCGGGCCAUCGCCGUGGAGGCCAGCGGCAGAUAUUUGGCCACCGCCUCCUCCGACGAGACCUUGCGGAUCUGGGAGGUUGCUACGGGCAGACCGGUUCGGUGCCUGAAAUUUAGCAGCGCCGUGACUGCGGUGGCCUGGAACCCUCAGCACCUGUUCUUGGCCGUGGCGGCGGAGGAGAGCGUCUUCUUCUUGGACCCCGGGCUCCAGCAGCUGCCACCAGCAGAGGCGGAGCCGGAGGGUGACCAGGAGAAUCGCGAGGAGGCUUCCAAUGCCGAUGCGGUCCCCGUGUCCUCCAUCCUGGAGUUUAAAGAGACGGUAGUCAAGCCUGUCGAGGGCGAGGAGGACGAGGAGCCCACGGGCGCCAAAGCCCGCGCGGUGCGCUGGCGCAGAGUGGAGCCCGACACGCCGCAGCACGCCAUGGGCUGCAGGCUAAGCAUUGCCACCGACGGGGAUGUGCAGUACUUGGUGUGGCACCACAAGGGCAACUACUGCGCUGCAGUGAGCCCGAAGGCCAAAGCCACGUCGAACCAGUGCAUCAUCCACGCCUUGACCCAGCAGAAGUCCAUGCGGCCCUUCGCGCGGCUGCGGGGCGGGCAGCAGGUGCAGAGCUGCGCCUUCCACCCCUCGAAGCCGCAUUUCAUGGUGGCGACCAUGCGGAGUGUGCGAAUCUACGAUCUGCAGAAGCAGGCUCAGAUCAAGCAGCUCAUCAGCGGUGCGAAGUGGAUCUCUUCGAUCACUGUGCAUCCUUCGGGCGACCACGUGGUUGUGGGCUCCUACGACCGCCGGGUGGUGUGGUGGGACCUGGACUUUGCUUCCAAGCCAUACAAGACGCUGCAGUACCAUGACAAGGCGGUGCGAUGUGCGACGUUCCAUCCCGGGAAGUUCCCUUUGCUUGCGGCGUGCUCGGAUGACGCCACGGUGAGCAUCUUGCAUGCGAAGGUCUUCUCAGACCUGAUGCAGAGCCCGAUGAUAGUUCCUGUGAAGCGACUCCGGGACCACAUGGUGAACCAGGGCUUCGGGGUGCUGAGCUGCGCGUGGCACCCGGUGCAGCCCUGGCUCUUCACCGCCGGCGCGGACGGACGCGCCUUCCUGUGGGCCUGAGGUGACUCAGGGCGCAGAAGAAAGCUGCCUCAUAAGCCUGUCCUGACCCGGGUGCAGUCGA